GCCGGAUGCCCGGAUGACGCUGUACUUUCCACUCUCGGAGCCCCCACAUCUCGUUCCAGCCCAGCUGCGGCCGCCGGUUUAGCUCCGCGCCGCCCAAUCCCCUUCCCCGCCGCGCCGGCGUCCUCUCCUCGCGGUUAGUCGCGCAUCGCUGUUGCUCCCUUCGUUUCCUUUCGCCUCCCCCUUUGGAGCAAGGAAGGAGGCCUGAGAUAUUAUCACUGCUGCGGUAUUCCCUUUCCCUCCCCGUGCUUAUCCGCGUCGGAAUCCAAUCUCCUCCUUCCCGUCUCUCUCCAAGGGAAAGCAAAGCUAGCAAACCCCCCGCUUUUCGCGUAUGACCCCCUCUCCGCGCCCAUGAUUCCCGCCGAUUCGCCCGCCCAUUUGCUCCUACCUGCUUCGGCGGCGUUAGUUCGGUAGUGGGAAGGAGGAGGAGGAGGAGGAGGAGGAGGAGGAGGAGGCGGGUGGGGGGGGGGAAUUGAAUCGGGGGCGCGGAGAUGUCGUCGUCGCGGUCCAACAACCGUGGCACGUGCUCGCGGAGCAGCUCGGCGCGGUCCAAGCACAGCGCACGCGUGGUGGCGCAGACGCCGGUUGACGCGCAGCUGCACGUCGAGUUCGAGGGGUCGCAGCGCCACUUCGACUACUCGUCGUCGGUGGGCGCGGCGGGGGCCAGCACCAGCACCGUCUCCGCCUACCUCCAGAACAUGCAGCGGGGCCGCUACAUCCAGCCCUUCGGCUGCCUGCUCGCCGUCCAACCGGACACCUUCGCGCUGCUCGCCUACAGCGAGAACGCGCCCGAGAUGCUCGACCUCACUCCACAUGCCGUGCCGACCAUCGACCAGCGGGACGCGCUGGCCGUCGGCGCCGACGUGCGCACGCUCUUCCGAUCCCAGAGCUCCGUCGCGCUGCACAAGGCCGCCACCUUCGGGGAGGUCAACCUGCUCAACCCCAUCCUCGUGCACGCCAGGACGUCCGGGAAGCCGUUCUACGCCAUCAUGCACCGCGUCGACGUCGGCCUCGUCAUCGAUCUCGAGCCGGUCAACCCAGCCGACGUGCCAGUCACCGCCGCUGGCGCGCUCAAGUCGUACAAGCUCGCCGCCAAGGCCAUCUCCCGGCUGCAGUCGCUGCCCAGCGGGAACCUCUCGCUGCUGUGCGACGUGCUGGUCCGUGAGGUGAGCGAGCUCACGGGCUAUGACAGGGUGAUGGCGUACAAGUUCCAUGAGGAUGAGCAUGGCGAGGUCAUUGCCGAGUGCAGGAGGUCUGAUCUGGAGCCGUAUCUUGGCCUGCACUACCCGGCCACCGACAUCCCGCAGGCAUCCAGGUUUCUGUUUAUGAAGAAUAAAGUGCGGAUGAUAUGCGAUUGCGCUGCUACUCCUGUGAAGAUCAUUCAGGAUGACAGCCUAUCACAGCCUCUCAGCUUAUGCGGCUCCACACUCCGGGCUCCCCAUGGUUGCCAUGCGCAGUACAUGGCAAACAUGGGUUCCGUUGCAUCACUUGUGAUGUCGGUCACUAUAAACGAGGAUGAGGAGGAGGACAGGGGCACCGGGAGUGACCAGCAGCCCAAAGGCAGGAAGCUUUGGGGGCUGGUGGUCUGCCAUCACACAAGCCCAAGGUUCGUCCCUUUCCCGCUAAGGUAUGCUUGCGAGUUCCUCUUGCAAGUGUUUGGCAUACAGCUCAACAAGGAGGUGGAACUGGCUGCUCAGGCAAAGGAGAGACACAUCCUCAAAACGCAGACCCUUCUCUGUGAUAUGCUCCUCCGGGAUGCUCCUGUUGGGAUAUUUACCCAGUCACCUAAUGUAAUGGAUCUAGUAACGUGCGAUGGUGCUGCAUUGUAUUACCAAAACCAGCUUUGGGCGCUAGGAUCAACACCCUCCGAGGCAGAUAUAAAGAACAUUGCCACGUGGCUGCAGGAGUACCAUGAUGGUUCAACUGGGCUGAGUACUGACAGCUUAGUCGAAGCGGGUUAUCCCGGUGCUGCUGCAAUUCGUGACACUGUGUGUGGCAUGGCAGCCAUAAAGAUCUCUUCCGUAGAUUUUAUCUUUUGGUUUCGAUCCCACACAGCAAAGGAGAUCAAGUGGGGUGGAGCUAAGCAUGAACCAGUUGAUGCAGAUGAGAAUGGGAGGAAGAUGCAUCCACGAUCUUCGUUCAAGGCCUUCUUGGAGGUGGUUAAAUGGAGAAGUGUUCCUUGGGAGGAUAUUGAAAUGGAUGCUAUCCAUUCUUUGCAGGUAAUAUUACGUGGCUCCCUGCAAGAUGAAGAUGCCAACAAAAACAAUUUAAGGUCUAUUGUAAAAGCUCCAUCCGAUGAUAUGAAGAGGAUACAGGGUCUACUUGAACUGAGAACAGUUACAAACGAGAUGGUCCGCUUAAUUGAGACGGCAACUGCCCCUAUCUUGGCUGUCGACAUCACCGGUAACAUAAAUGGAUGGAACAAUAAAGCUGCAGAACUCACUGGAUUACCUGUCAUGGAAGCCAUAGGGAGGUCUCUGGUGGAUCUCGUCGAGGAUGAUUCUGUUGAAGUGGUCAAACAGAUUUUGAACUCAGCCUUACAAGGAAUUGAAGAGCAAAAUCUGGAAAUCAAGCUAAAAACAUUCCAUGAGCAGGAACACAACGGCCCUGUAACCUUGAUGGCUAAUUCCUGCUGUAGUCGUGAUCUUUCAGAUAAAGUUGUGGGGGUUUGCUUUGUAGCACAAGAUUUAACAGGGCAGAAGAUGAUUAUGGAUGAGUAUACUCGGAUACAAGGGGACUAUGUUGCAAUAGUAAAGAACCCCAGUGAACUCAUCCCUCCCAUAUUUAUGAUCAAUGAUCUUGGUUCCUGCUUAGAGUGGAAUGAAGCUAUGCAAAAGAUUACUGGUAUGAAGAGGGAAGAUGCGAUAGAUAAGUUGUUAAUUGGGGAGGUUUUCACCCUUCAUGAUUAUGGCUGUAGGGUUAAAGAUCAUGCUACUCUAACGCAACUUAGCAUUCUAAUGAACACACUGAUUUCUGGUCGAGAUCCCGAGAAACUCCUUUUUGGUUUCUUUGACACAGACGGCAAGUAUGUAGAAUCCCUGCUGACAGCAAACAAGAGGACAAAUGCUGAGGGUAAGAUCACUGGUGCUCUUUGCUUUCUGCAUGUGGCCAGCCCAGAGCUUCAGCAUGCUCUGCAGGUGCAGAAAAUGUCUGAACAAGCUGCUACAAACAGCUUCAAGGAAUUGACAUAUAUUCGCCAAGAAUUAAGGAACCCACUCAAUGGAAUGCAAUUUACUCGUAAUUUGUUGGAACCUUCCGAAUUGACAGAGGAGCAGAGGCGACUUGUUGCAUCAAAUGUUCUCUGUCAGGAACAGCUGAAAAAGAUUUUACAUGACAGUGAUCUAGAAAGCAUUGAACAGUGCUAUAUGGAGAUGAACACAGUAGAAUUCAACCUUGAGGAAGCUCUGAAUACGGUCCUAAUGCAAGGCAUGCCAUUGAGCAAGGAAAAAAGAAUUUCUAUUGAUCGUGAUUGGCCUGUUGAGGUAUCAUGCAUGUACCUAUAUGGGGACAAUUUAAGGCUUCAGCAGGUCCUUGCAGACUACCUGGCAUGCACUCUUCAAUUCACACAACCAGCCGAAGGACCUAUUGUACUACAAGUCAUUCCUAAGAAGGAAAAUAUUGGGUCUGGCAUGCAGAUUGCUCAUUUAGAGUUCAGGAUCGUCCAUCCCGCACCGGGCGUCCCAGAGGCUCUGAUACAGGAGAUGUUCCGAAACAGCCCAGGGGUGUCCAGGGAGGGCCUGGGCCUGUACAUAAGCCAGAAGCUCGUGAAGACAAUGAGCGGGACGGUACAGUACCUCCGGGAAGCCGAGAGCUCGUCGUUCAUCGUCCUGGUGGAGUUCCCGGUCGCCCAGCUCAGCAGCAAGCGGUCCAGGCCUUCGACAAGUAAAUUCUGAUGCUCUUGCUCCCCCAGAACUGUAAACUAGGUAGCCCCUUCAGGGAGAGCUCAGCUGUGCCAAAUGCUCAGACGUACCAGUAUGGCAGUGUGGAACAUUGGUUGGUCACGCUGGUACGCAUCUGGCGCGGACUGUGUAAUGCGGGUUGAUUUGGUCGUUUGGAGAGCUAGCUAGCUGGCUAGGUGUAGUGUAACGUUAACCGACAACUGUAUGUGAAUGAUGGAAUGUGGCGAUGAAUAAAAACUUCACUUGUGUUUUUUUGGU